AUGGAGCACCACCAGCACCCGCCGUCGCCGUCGGCGGCGGACCCCAACGCGAAGCCGCCCACGCCGUCAUCCACCCAGGCCGCGCGCCUCCCCUCGGGGGCGCAGGCCUCCUGGCCGCCCUCCUCCCCGUCCGGCGCCCCAACGCGCGCGGCCGCGUCCUCCGCCUCCUCCGCGCCGUCCACGCCCGCCUCCCGCACCGUCUACAGCGACCGCUUCAUCCCCAGCCGCGCCGGAUCCAACCUCGCGCUCUUCGACCUCCCGCCCGCCGGCGCCGGCGGAUCCGCCGCCGCGUCGCCCUACUGCACGCUCCUCCGCGCAGCGCUCUUCGGGCCCGACACGCCCGACCGCCUCGCCUCCUCCGCCGCCGCCUCCUCCCCCUCCUCCCCCUCCGCGGGCUACCCGGCAAGCGGCAACAUAUUCAGGUUCAAGGCCGAGGUGCCGCGGAACGCCAAGCGGGCGCUCUUCGCCGGCGGGAGCGAAGAUGACGACCUACGCUUCCCCGGCAUCUUCACCGCCAAGGGCGCCGGACCCAGGAAGAUCCCGAGGUCGCCCUACAAGGUGCUCGAUGCGCCCGCGUUGCAGGACGACUUCUACCUCAACCUAGUGGACUGGUCUUCGCACAACGUCCUCGCCGUCGGAUUGGGGAAUUGCGUCUACUUGUGGAAUGCCUGCAGCAGCAAGGUUACCAAGCUCUGCGAUUUGGGGGCGGAGGACACGGUUUGUUCCGUGGGCUGGGCGCAGCGCGGCACUCACCUUGCCGUAGGGACUAACCAAGGCAAAGUUCAGAUAUGGGAUGCAUCACGAUGUAAGAGAAUGCGAACCAUGGAAAGCCAUCGCAUGCGAGUUGGUGCUCUUGCAUGGAACUCUUCAUUGCUUUCUUCUGGCAGUCGCGGCAAAAACAUCCUUCACCAUGAUCUCCGUGCUCCAGACGACUACAUUAGCAAACUUACUGGGCACAAAUCUGAGGUUUGUGGGCUCAAGUGGUCGUAUGAUAACCGUCAGCUUGCUUCUGGUGGCAAUGACAACAGACUUUUUGUUUGGAACCAACAUUCAACACAACCUGUGCUGAAGUAUACUGAGCACACAGCAGCUGUGAAAGCUAUUGCUUGGUCACCUCAUCUAAAUGGCCUUCUUGCAUCUGGUGGGGGAACUGCAGAUAGAUGCAUACGUUUUUGGAAUACGACCACAAAUACGCACUUGAGUUCCAUGGACACAGGAAGUCAGGUCUGUAAUCUUGUGUGGUCCAAGAAUGUUAAUGAGCUUGUUAGCACACACGGAUACUCUCAGAAUCAGAUAAUUGUGUGGCGGUAUCCAACAAUGUCAAAGCUUGCCACAUUGACAGGCCAUACAUUCAGAGUAUUAUAUUUAGCCAUUUCCCCUGAUGGACAGACUAUUGUUACCGGUGCUGGUGAUGAGACGCUGCGGUUUUGGAACGUGUUUCCGUCUCCCAAGUCCCAGAGUGCUGACAGCUUAAGUAGCAUCGGAGGCACAUCAUUUGUUAGGAGCUACAUCCGGUGACCCGAGGAAAAUGCAGUUUUGCCAAGCUUGUAAGAUUAUCACAUCGAGUGUUGAUGAUCACCAGCACCAUUUCGUUCCACUUGUAGCACCUGUCCCUGCCUCCUCCGGAUCGUCAGCCAUCAGAGGCCAGCGCCAUUUUAGAGAUAGCACAGCACAGGAUGAUUGGCUGGCUUGCGCGGGAUUCGGCUGAAACUGUACAUAGUUAUUCAGGGGCGGCGACGUCGCCGGAUUGAAAGAUGGCAGAUGUUGAUGCACAAGAAACAUGGACCAUCCAAACUGUUGCAUUGCCUAGAUCACCACGACCUCUUGUUUACGUUCCAAUUGGAACUGUCCGACGAUCAAAUUGUUUCUAACAUUGACUGACGCUUGAAGCCCUUUUAUUUUAUUCAUUCUGUUUUCUUGUUAGGACAAAUUCAUCAUGUUGUUUUAGAAAUUGAGAAAUUCAGAACUGAACCUUACUGGUCAGGUUGGCAAGGCCUGUGAAUUCAGAAUUGUGCCAUCUCUUUUGCUGCCAGAUGGGCAGGUGGUGAAAAUCCACAUGUUUAUCAACUGAUUUUCUGGCAGCAUCUAUAUACUGUUUGCAAUCAC